AUGGUCACAGGAAAUGCAGACUUUCGUUAUCCGCCGCCCCCUGCUGGCGCGCAUGAUAUCCCUAGCCGGCGCAGAAUCCCGAACCCACCCCGCCUGGAUCCUCUGAGAUUGAAUCCUCCCUUCCCACGACCGGCGACGGCGGACGGCCCUCGGCCGCCCUUUUCCCCUCACCACCCUCCUCCUCCUCCUGUGCCUCGUUCCCCUCGGGUUCGUCCACCAAUCCCACCACCGUCCGAUCCCUCAUGGCGCUCCGUCUCCCCCUUGCCUGUGGCGGAUGACGACUUUGUCAUUCGCCAACAGGCUUACCGCUCCCCCACCUUUCCUCUGCAGCCGCCUGUUCGGUCCAGGGCCGCCCCCCGGGAAGGGGAGGUUGAUCGUCCACCUUACCGGAAGUCCCCGCCUGCUCCGCCAGCGUUGCGCACGUCCAAUUCUACGUCGAAGCUACAUAGCAUGCGUCCGCAGCUGCACCCUCAUCGAAAUCGAGAACGCCUGCCAGACGAAUCCGCCGCCCUGAAAUUGCCCCGGAUCAUCCCGCCUGGGACAUACGCCGAGAUGCGCGGGCAAGAUGCUCUCCGAUCCAGCGUGAACUCAGCCAUGACCUCGCGGUCGAGCAUUGAACAUGCCAGCGGAACCGAGCGGAGCAGUGUCCUGACCAAAAGUAGCUCUAUUACCGAUCUGUCGCCCGAUACACCGGAUGGCUCCUAUGAUAAGGAGGGUGGUAUGAGUGUGGAAGAUGCAAUCUCAAUGUACCUGGAUGGCUUCAGCGAUGUUACCGAAGAGCCAGGAUCGCCCGGGGUGUAUGAUUCUUCAGGGUUCUACGAUGAGAGCAAGGCUCGACCAUUGAGCCCACGUCCACCCACGGAGAUCACCCUCGAUGAUUGUCAUAGCUCGGAUGAGCAUUCUCCUGAACUGGAACCCACAGAAGAUGCUCCGCCUGUUCCGCCCUUUCCCGAGUUAGAGGCUCACGGAAGGAGCUCACCGGAUGAAGAAUUCUUGGGCGCGACAGCUUCCCACGACCAGUCGCCGAGCCCCCCUUCGGAACGCAAGUUUUUGGAUCCGCCUGUUGCACGAGAGCCGGAGACCACAGUCAUCAUUCCUGGCAUCGUGCCGCCACCCUUACUACCCGGCAAUGGCGCCCGCGACUGUUAUGGCUUCCGCAAGGCAACCCACCACGUUACCCUCGUCCAGUAUGAAGCAUGGCAUGCCCAAUACAAGGAUUACACUUCUCAGCGACGAAUCAAAUGGGUAGAGCUGCUUCGGGAGAAUCGGCUUCCUAUCAACGAUCCGACGACGUUUCCGCCCAAAUCGAACAAGGUCAAACGGUUUGUGCGCAAGGGCAUCCCAUCCGAGUACCGCGGUGCAGCAUGGUUUUUCUAUGCGGGAGGCUACGAGCAUCUGAAUCGGAACCCUGGCCUUUAUGACCAGCUGGUUCGACAGUCCAUGGAGUCGCCUAGCAAUGACGACAAGGAACAUAUCGAACGCGAUCUGCAUCGAACCUUCCCGGACAAUAUCCACUUCAAGCCGGAGAACGUUGACUCGGCCGCUAGCUCUGGUAGCAGCAACCCGAGACACGGGUCUGUCACGGUUGAAACGGAAAUGAUCCAGUCUCUGCGGCGCGUCCUGUAUGCUUUUGCUCUCCACAACCCGCAGAUUGGCUACACCCAGUCGUUGAACUUCAUUACCGGAAUGCUGCUUCUGUUUCUUCCGGAAGAGAAGACGUUCUGGAUGCUGCACAUCAUCAGCUCCGUCUAUCUCCCUAGCACGCACGAAAUCAGUCUCGAGGGCGCCAACAUCGACCUGUGGAUUCUGAUGGUGCUGCUGAAGGAAUCGGCGCCCAACAUCUACAACAAGAUCGCCGGGAAUGGACCUGGCGCGGGGAGUGGGAAGGUGCCAGCCCUUACGGUCAGCUCGCGUCUACCUGACAUCACCCUGGGGCUGACCAACUGGCUCAUGUCCGUCUUUAUCGGCACCCUGCCGCUGGAGACCACGCUCCGGGUCUGGGAUGUGUUCUUUUACGAAGGGUCGAAAACGUUUUUUCGGGUGUCGUUGGCGAUUUUCAAGUCGUGCGAGCAGGACAUCAUGGGGGUGUCGGACCCGAUGGAGGUGUUCCAGGUGGUGCAGACGGUCCCAAAGCGGCUGUUGGAUGCGAAUUCAUUAAUCGAUGAUUGCUUUGUCCGGCGACAUCGGGUCGGACAAGGGCGGAUCGAGGAGUUACGCGCGGCGCGCCGGACGGCAGUGCGCCAGGAGAACAUGCGUCGGUCGCGCGCGAUGAACAUGGGCCAGCUCCAGGCGGCGACGGACGACUGGGCGCAUGGACGAUCGCGGACGCCGACUCAUGGGAUCGAGCGCAAUCGACCUCUUCAUUCCUGUCUCCCGCCUUCACAGCAUGCAGCAACUAUGAGCGGUCAAGCAGCCAGCUAUUACAACACAGACCAGCGCUUUGACGGCCCUCCGUCUCAGCAGCAGCAGCAGCAGCAGCAGCAGCAGUAUUACAACAAUGGCAACAAUGGCUACCCUCCAGGCCCAGACUCACAGGCCUACCCUCCUGCCCCCAAUGAAGGAGGCUAUCGCGGCCCGGAGCCCAAACCACCGCACCCGCAACCACAAGAACCACCCCCAACCUACAACCAAGCCGUCUACGGCUUCGACGACGCCUUCAAGGUUGAGAAACCGAAAUGGAACGACCUCUGGGCUGGUCUUCUGCUCAUCGCCGUCUUCCUAGGCUACGUCGCCGUCUCCGGCGUCGUCAUCUACCGGUACAGCAAAUACCACACCCUGAGCGGCGGGGGCAUCUACGGCGCGGCGAACGACUUCUCGCUGAACACGAACACGGUGAUCCUCCUGGUAUUCGUGCUGGCGGUGGCGCUGGUGCUGUCGUACGCGUACUGGCUGGGUGCGCGCACAUUCCCCAAGCUCUUCAUCUGGGUGACGGGCAUCCUGAACGUGGUAUUCGCGCUGGCGACGGCGAUCUACUACCUGACGCAGCACCAAUGGGGCGGGGGCAUUGUGUUCUUGAUCUUCGGCGUGUUCGCGAUCGUGUGUUUUAUCAGUUGGAUCCCGCGGAUCCCGUUCACGGCGUUCAUGAUGCAGACUUCCAUCGAUGUGUCGCGACGCUACGGGCAUAUGUUCCUGGUGAGUACGGUGGGUGGGCUUGUGGCCGUGGCGUUCGGGGCGUGGUUUUCGGUGACUCUCGUUUCGAUUUAUGUCGCGUAUGAGCCGGGGGGGGAGGGGGAUGGGGUGAACCCUGCGUGUCGCGAUGGAGGUGGCGGGUGCAGUCGCGCCCGGGUGAUCGGCUUGGUCGUGUACGUGACGUUUGCGAUGUACUGGUUCAGCGAGUGGCUGAAGAACACGGUGCACACGACGAUCGCGGGGGUGUACGGGUCGUGGUAUUUCUGCAGUGGCACGGCGCAGGGGAUGCCGGCGGGCGCCACGCGGGGCGCGCUGCGGCGGGCGACGACCUACUCGUUCGGCAGCAUCAGUUUCGGGAGCUUGAUCAUCGCGCUGAUCAACAUGCUGCGGCAGGCGUGCAGCGUGGCGCAACGGCACGAGGCGGCGCAGGGCAGUCUCAUCGGCAGCGUGGCCUUCUGGAUCCUGGGGUGUUUUAUCAGCUUGUUGGAUUGGCUGGUCACCUUCUUCAACCGCUACGCCUUCUGCCACAUCGCGCUGUACGGGAAGGCGUACCUCCCCGCGGCGCGCGACACCUGGACCAUGAUGAAGGACCGCGGCGUCGACGCCCUGGCCGCGGACUGUCUGGUCGGGCCCGUGCUGACCAUGGGGUCGGUGUUUAUCUGCCAGAUCUUCAUGACCCCGAUGAGCAGUGGCAUUGAGACGAUCUUUGCCGCCAUGGCAUGGGAUCCCCAGGUCAUGAUUGAGCAGCAUCCGGAUCUGUAUCAGCGGUUGGUGCAGCUGUAUCCGCGGGUGCAGCAGGCUAUUCAUGCGUAG